UGCAGAUGCUCUUUCUUCACAUGGAUGAACCCCGUUGUUCCUCACCUCCGCAGUGACUCCCUUAGUGUCGAGGGAUCUGAGGAGCCAGGACAGACACAGAGCGGGGAUGUCGGCGCGGCUGUCCUUCUCGCAGUACCGACUGGAGGCGGAGAUCGAGCGCUGCCGCGCGGAGUGCCAGUGGGACAGGAUCCCCGCGCUCGUGGAGCAGCUCGUGUCAGCUCGAAUCCACGAGGACGAUGACUAUGGAAACUUGGUGUUGGCGGAGGCCCUGUUGGAGGAGUGCUUGCUGGAGAACAUUGCCCUCCUGCGCAGCUCCACACCGCUCACAGACAACGAGCAUCUCAAACUGGCCAAGGCGAAGGCACUCCUCAAUACCAUCCUUAACAGGGGCAGGCUGGAGCCUAGGUACCUGAACGAAGCUCUGCUCCUGAUGGCCAAAUUGCACUACGUCCAGGGCUGUUACCGUGACGCUCAAGGUAUGUGCGCCAGAGCGGCCAUCGAUGACCUGACCCGAGACGAACAACCCCUCUACCACCUGCGACUGCUGGCUGAGGCCUUUGUCAUUAAAGGCCUGUCCCUGGACCACCAAGCCGUUUCCUCUGCCUCGCGAGUGCGUUUGUCUGAGCGGGAGGAGGAGUGUUUGUCCUGCUACCUGAGAGCCUGUGACACAGCACUGCUAUACCUCCAAGAGCUCGACAAGACAACAAGUGGCCAUCACAGCAAGGGCACGAAGAGCAGCAUCUCCUCAACACCAGUCGAGUUUGACUUGAGCUUCUUCCAGCAGGCAGCACUACAGAGCGCCUACCUGUCAUUACUGCAGAAAGGCCACUUGGCCCAGGGCGCCCAGCAGUUGCGCAGGGUCCUUAGAGUGGUGGACUCCCGAGGGUCUCAGAGUUUCAGGAAGGUAGUGGCGCGGCGGCUGGCUGAAGUGUUGCUCAGAUCGGUGAGUGAGGACAGCUACUGGGAUCCCCUGACACCUCCACCUGCUGCCUGGCUGCACAGAGAGGGCACCGCCUCUUCCAAAGAUGCCUUGUACCCAAGCUCCAGACCGCCUGUUUAUUACAGCACCGAGAGCGCCUUCUGUCCUCGGGAUGUGGUGGAGGAGGCCGUGCUGCUGCUGCUGAUCAGUGAGUCCAUGGCAAGUGGAGACAGAGUUAUCAGUCGGGCGCCUGACCACCAAGAGGCACGGGAGGCCAGCUUGGAGGAUGCCACCUCUGUGUAUGACCUACUGACCAUUGGCAUGGCCAGAAGGGGGCAGUACGCCAUGCUCUCUGAGUGUUUGGAACGGGCGAUGAAGUUCUCCUUUAACGAAUUCCACCUAUGGUACCAGCUGGGUCUGUCACUCAUGGCCUGCGGCAAGGCUGCUGGUGCCGUGUCUGUGUUGAAGGAGUGCGUGAGGAUGCGACCUGAGGACCCAGCAGUACGCCUCCUAGCUGCCAAGGCCUGCAUCAACCAGCUGCACUGGCUGGAGGAGGGAGAGGCCCUGGCUCAGAGUGUCAUUACUAUGGGAGACGGGGCAGUGGAGUUCCUGCCUCGAGCGCACCUGGCUGUUGGGCUCUGCUGUAGCCUCCAGGCCACAGAUGCUACUUUAAGAGCCACUCGGGACGAGUUCAACAGGCGGGCGCUGGAAUCUCUGCAAAGAGCCCACACGCUGGAUCCGGAUGACCCACAGAUUGCCCUCUACCUCGCACUGCAGCUAGCCCUCGUCCGCCAGGUGUCGGCUGCUAUGACACCCCUGCAGGUGGCGCUGUCCUUGCGCCCAGAUGACCUCAACUCCCUGCACCUCCUGGCUUUGCUCCUUAGUGCCCAGAAGCACCACCAGCAUGCCAUGGACACCCUAUCCAUUGCCCUCAGCCAGUACCCAGAGAACUUCAGCCUGCUAUUCACCAAGGUGAAGCUGGAGGAAGAGCUCCUGGGCCCAGGGGUGGCCCUGCACACCUGUCAGGACAUGCUGCAGCUGUGGCAGAGUCACUAUGACUGCACCCGCUCCAGUGAAGCAGAUGAGAACAGCAGCCUUCCCGAGCCAGCAUCGCUGAGCCGGAAACCGAGCGGAAUGCACCUCACGCUCCCGGACUUCCAGGCCCCUGAAACAGGGUCGCAGAGUGCCGCCUCCAUUGCGGCAUCACGCCUGGAGCAGGCCUGGUCCGAGGUGUCCGCAAUGAGCUCGACCCACCGGCAGGGCCCCGCUCACAUCUGGACGAUCCUGGAGCGCAUCUGGCUACAAGCAGGGGAGCUCUUCAUGGCACAGGGACGUGUGAAGGAGGCGCAGUUUUGUGUCCAGGAGGCAGCGGUGCUGUCGCCAGCCUCCCACUCAGUGCUGCUGCUGAAAGGGCGGCUGGCAGAGUUGCGUGGGGCUCACACUGAAGCAAAGACCUUUUAUAAUGAGGCGCUGACCAUCCACCCCCAGGGAUACCUCAUCCUUGUGCAUCUGGGCCAACUGCUGGUGAAGAUGGGUCGCCUAGCUCUUGCCGAGAAGGUGCUACGGGAUGCGGUGCAGGCCCAGAGUACUGCCCACGAGGCCUGGAGCAGCCUGGGUGAGGCUCUAGAGCAGCGGGGCAGCAGCCAGGCACCCGAUUGCUUUCUCACUGCCCUGGAGUUGGAAGCCAGCUGUCCCAUCAAGCCUUUCACCAUCAUCCCGCGUGAGCUAUGAGGCCCUCUGCUCUGGUUUUCAGGACAUUCAGUACAAACCAAAGCCAUAUGACAUGUCAGUUAUGGAAAUCUUUUUGUUUUGUUAAUCUAUUAGCUGAUACCUUAGUGCAGCAACUUUUUCUGUCUAGUUGAUACAACUCCGAUACAAACCAGUGGCUUUUCCCUGGAACAGUUCGGGCUAAGCACCUCUGUUUAGUACAGCUGCAGGGGUCCAUAUUUAAACCUACAGUAUUCUUUUUUGCAGAGCCUUUAUUUUAUACUGCUGCCCCACUGGACCAGAGUGGGCUCAGCAAAUCCAUUCCGAAGUGUCUAAUUCCAUCACUUCCUCAGGGUUUUCAAGACAGCUUCACCAGCUUUAAUGCAGAGGACUUCCAUGUUUUUUUUUUUUUUUUAUUGUUAACCCUUUUCAGCUGCUUUGUUUCACUUGAGCUGGAUUACCAAAGUCUUGUUGACAGAGGCACGCAGUUCCAGAUCCCUACAUAUGCAGAUGAAACACACACUUGCACCACUGCACACUCCCUUGAUCUUGUAUGCAAUUCAGAUCUACAUCCUCUAACACUGAAGAAGAUAUUCCCGCACACACACACUUGUGUACACUCAGGGAAACUAGUUGUGCUAA